CCUGAGAGCGCAGCGCGAGAAAAUUCUGUCACUGAGGCGCCGCCGAACACCGCGUCCGCAAAAAUGCCGAAUAAAACGAAAAAAGAAAAGGAAUCGCCGAAAUCUGUGAAAGCCAGUAGUAAAAACAGUAACGUCAACGCUGGAAAGGAUCCCGGGACUGAAAAUUCAGAUGAGGCGCAGCAGCAGACAGCCAGCAAGCGUCCUAGCAACAGCACUCCACCUCCAACUCAGCUCAACAAAAUCAAGUACUCGGGUGGCCCCCAGAUUGUCAAGAAAGAGCGCAGACAGAGCUCUUCUCGCUUUAACCUCAGCAAGAACCGUGAGCUGCAGAAGCUUCCUGCCCUUAAAGAUGCCCCACCCAUCGACAGGGAGGAGUUGUUUGUUCAGAAGCUGCGCCAGUGCUGUGUACUGUUUGACUUCGUAACAGAUCCUCUCAGUGAUCUCAAGUACAAGGAGGUGAAGCGUGCUGGGCUGAAUGAGAUGGUGGAGUACAUCACACACAAUCGUGAUGUAGUUACGGAGUGUAUCUACCCCGAGGCGGUCAUAAUGUUUUCAGUGAACCUGUUUAGGACCCUGCCUCCUUCUUCUAAUCCAACUGGAGCAGAAUUUGAUCCUGAGGAGGAUGAGCCUACACUGGAGGCAGCUUGGCCUCACCUGCAGCUGGUGUAUGAAUUCUUUUUACGGUUCUUGGAGUCACCUGAUUUCCAGCCUAAUGUCGCCAAAAAAUACAUUGACCAAAAGUUUGUAUUGUCUCUCUUGGAGCUGUUUGACAGUGAAGACCCCAGAGAGCGGGACUUCUUGAAAACAAUUCUACAUAGGAUUUAUGGAAAGUUUCUGGGACUUAGAGCGUACAUCCGUCGACAGAUCAACAACAUAUUCUAUCGGUUUAUAUAUGAAACGGAGCAUCACAAUGGCAUUGCAGAGCUCUUGGAAAUUCUAGGAAGUAUAAUUAAUGGUUUUGCGCUGCCAUUGAAAGAGGAGCACAAAAUGUUCCUGAUUCGAGUGCUCCUGCCACUGCACAAGGUCAAGUCACUGAGUGUCUAUCACCCUCAGCUGGCAUAUUGUGUUGUUCAGUUUUUGGAAAAAGACAGCAGUCUUACUGAACCGGUUAUAAUGGGUCUCUUGAAGUUCUGGCCCAAGACCCAUAGUCCUAAAGAGGUGAUGUUCCUGAAUGAGCUGGAGGAAAUCCUGGAUGUCAUUGAGCCUUCGGAGUUUGUAAAAGUUAUGGAGCCUCUGUUUAGACAGCUUGCCAAGUGUGUAUCAAGUCCACACUUUCAGGUUGCUGAGAGGGCACUGUAUUACUGGAACAAUGAGUAUAUCAUGAGUCUGAUCAGUGACAAUGCUGCCAAAAUCCUCCCCAUCAUGUUCCCUGCUCUUUAUAAGAACUCCAAAAGUCAUUGGAACAAGACAAUCCAUGGACUUAUUUACAAUGCGCUAAAGCUUUUUAUGGAGAUGAACCAGAAGCUGUUUGAUGAUUGCACUCAGCAGUACAAAGCCGAGAAGCAAAAGGAGAAGUACAAACUUAAGGAGCGGGAAGAGAUCUGGCACAAGAUUGAACAGCUUGCUAAACAAAAUCCUCAGAUUACUAAGAUCCAUCCUAGUCUCCGACCUGGUCUGCCUCCAGAUGCGUAUAUAAUGUAUAAUGAAAACCAAGGGAUACCCCACUAUUCCAUGGAGACAGAGACUCCCACUGCUGAGGACAUCCAGCUGCUGAAGAAGACUGUGGAAUCUGAGGCCUCACAGGGAACGAAGGACAUAAAGAAGGACAAGGUGCUGAUGCGACGGAAGUCAGAGCUGCCGCAGGAUGUGUACACUAUAAAGGCUCUGGAGGCCCACAAGCGAGCAGAAGAGUACCUUACUGCUAAUCAGGAAGCCCUCUGACUGAGGAACACCACAACCAGUCACCUGUACCACGCCUAGACUGUCCCACUCGUAUUUGUCCAGAAAUGUCGCCUGCUGUAUACUCCCCCUCCUUUCCUCCUUUUGUCUCUGCUUCUUUCCUUCACUUCCUCUUGGAGAGGCCUUUCUGCAAAAUCCUGGCCAGUGUUCAAUUGGGAAUAGCUCCCUUUUUUUUUUUUUUUCCCUCCCCCCCCCCCUCUCCAUUUCAAUGGCAACUCCAAAUCACAAGAAAAAUCAACCAUGCAAAGCAGUAUUUGAAUUGUACUACCACAAUUUAUUCUUCAGAACCAUGUUUCCUCUUUGUGGUAAUUUUUUUUAAUGUUCUGUAUUUUGUUGCAGUUUUUACUGUCUUUAUCUCUUUUGCCCUGCUUUUAAACUAUAUUGAUUUUCUUGCGUUUUCCUUCACUGGCCCUGUGCAUCCAUGUUCACUUAGACAACCACCUGUGUUGUUGAAAAGAUAAGCAGCCCAUCAGUGACACUUACAGUGCAUUUGCUUCAGCCAGGUUUAGGGACUAGAGAGUGUAGGUCUUUAUUUCUGGAUCAUGUUGCCUUGCUCUUGUGGGACAGUGUGAUGCAUAUGAACUUGCUAUCAAAAUAUACCACAGGCACUCUACAGGAAGUGUAGAGCUGCUUUUUUCUUGCAUAACCUAGCUGUUGAUGAUGUGGUGUCCUCAUGCAAUAAGUUUAAAGUCCGAUAUAAUUGUGUAAAAGUCUCUGAAAAAUACCUCAAGACAAGGCAUCAUGCUUCCUUCUUAGAUGUCAUAUGUUCAAGCUUGUCAUCAGCUCAGCAACUGACAUAAAGGAAUUAGCCUGGUUUCUUGGUCCAGAUGUGUGUGGCAGUCUCAAGUGUAUGACCUGAAACCUUGCUGUGCAGUAACCAAAUGGCAGAACUGCUGUUUUUUUUUUGUUUUUUUUUUUAAAUGCCUGUAGUCACAUUUAUGCUGACAUUCAACACAGGAUUUAAUGUUUAGUCUGUUUCCUGCCUUACUGGUGAACUAAGAACACAACGCUGUAAGGUGCUGAAUGAAAGUGCUGACCUCUUACAACACCAGCAGACCAUUCCAUUUUUUCAUUAUCAUUUCAUUUGACAGAAGAAUGCUGUAUCUUCAAUGUUCUGUACCUCAAAAAAAGUGUCCAUAAGUUACCAAUCAUUACACAUGAUUCUGUGAUGAUUA